GUAGCCGCACCGAGUCUCCUUGCUGCCGCUGAUAAAACGGUCCAGUGCAGGACUUUCUCCUCCAUCACUUCCUUCAUUUGAGCAAUGUGUUGUCAGGCAGGGAGGUGUGAGGAGCGCGGCUCUCCACUCCGCCUCGCUGCUCCGGAGUCAUGGCGGAGCGGACACUGAGGAGGAAGCAGCGGCCGGAGCUCAGCGGCUCCCCAGAAGCGGCUCAGGCGAGGAAAGGAUCCACGUUACCUGCAGCACGACCGCGACUACUGACGGAGUACAAUGGUGACGGCGUCUAAACUUUUCCACACGUCUUCAGCUCUUGUCACGGAUGGCCGGGUUAACUUUUCACUGACUGGCAUUCUCCUGAUCUGGAUGGGAUCGUAGCGACGCAGAGUUUGUUCUGCUUUUUCUCUUCUUGCAGGACGUCUGUCCGGUAAAGCCGUCUACCUCGGGCGGAAAUCUGGCGCACUGUCCCGCAGUGGCUCGGAGAGCGCCUCUUUAAUAUUUCAAAGCCGAAUCAGUUGAGCUUAACAUGGGGGCAAAGCAGAGCAGCCCGACUGCUAAUCCAGCUGCUAACGGACGGACCAGAGCCUACUCCGGCUCGGACCUGCCCUCCAGCACGUCCAGCAGUAACGGCAGCAACAUAGCCAGGACUACCGCCGGGGGGGUGAGGUACCACGCGUACGGUGCGUCCGGAGCCUCCGGAGCCACGUCCAGCACCAGCCAGCAGUUGGGAGCCAGGGCCAGGUCUGUGGGGGGCUCCGGGGGCUCCGGUCCCAGACCCCAGUCUGGCAUCAACAUUCCGAACAGCAGCGGAGCCUACAGCUCCCCGGAGUCCGGCGGGAGCAGCCCGGAGGAGGCGGCGGACAGGGAGCGAUCCGGCGGAGGGCAGGAGCGUCGGCGGCUGCUGAUAGGAUCAUUACCAGCACACCUCUCUCCUCAUCUGUUCGGAGGCUUCAAGUGCCCUGUGUGCUCCAAGUUUGUGUCGUCAGAUGAGAUGGAUCUUCACCUGGUUUUGUGUUUAACCAAACCCAGGGUGACAUACAAUGAGGACGUCCUGACGAAGGAUGCUGGAGAAUGUGCAAUAUGCCUGGAGGAGCUGCAGCAGGGAGACACCAUCGCCCGCCUGCCCUGCCUCUGCAUCUAUCAUAAAGGCUGUAUCGAUGAGUGGUUUGAAGUGAACAGAUCAUGUCCGGAGCAUCCAUCAGAUUAAAGCUUUUUUUGCACAGGUACCACACCAUGAGAGGGAUCUACAAAAUGAAACUGUGGAUCCAGAGAGACUGCUGGACACUGUGACCACUGUGAUCAGUUAACCCCGCCCCCCCAACCACCCACCCAAUAAUGUAGUACCACAGUGUGCCAAAUCUCAUUUAAGCAAUCUUCAGGGAUACAGACUUUGUGUUUAUGUUUGAGUUGCACAUCACACUCAGUCUCUGAGUGGACGGACUCAUCUCCACCUCACAUCCUCUCCAACCCUGAUAGUCAGGGCAUUAUGGCAGGCAGGGCUCUUCUUCCUGAGAGGCAAAUGUGCCCUGAUUGUACACCAGGACAGUACACCAGGAUGGGAGGAGUGGAUGUGGUCAUGGAGGGGGUGUGAUGGUGGGUUACCCCCUCCGAUUUCGUCCCUCCCCUCCUCUCUCAGCAUCAGUGUCUCCCAGUGCCUUGUUGCAGUGACGGCCAGCACCCAGCAGGGUGGGACGGAGGAGUCCAGACUGGACCAGCAGGACCAUCUCACCACAACUGCCAUUCUACCACACCAGGAGAAACAAGCCAGAGACGGUUUGUCUGCAUCUGCAGCUCCUCAGAACUGAUGAACUGUUGCAAAAAUGGUGCCAAUCAACUGUGAAUACUGUCAAACACAAUCAUCAGUGCUUUUUGAUCAUUAACCAUAGAAUGGAGGUCUUCAGGUACAAAAACCUGACCCUAACAGCUACCAGCCUAAAUACUGCACCAGAAUACAGAAGAAACAGCUCAGUUUCUUGCUAGAACGAGAAAAUGUUCUUGUUUGAACUUGAUCCUCUUUAUGUCAUAACUAGGUAUUUUCAUGUAUGUAACAAUGGUAUGCAAUGGCAUGAAGGAGCUGCUCUGUAUUAUAUGUAGUGUACACUUGAAUUUAAACCUACCUCCCACCACCAUUAAAUAAUUCUAAUUGGACUACAAUAAAAUGAUUAACUCAACAACAUAAAUAGCUCAAACGUAUACAAAGCACAGAUAAUGGCAUAAAACAAGAGGAGUCUUGAAAUCUAAAACAACGAAACAUUUUAGUAAAAGUUUUAAAAACAUGUUUGAAGUAGUGAUUUAAUAUGUUCGUGACUCUGCAAGUCUCAGAUGCUCAUAGUUUCAAAUCAAAACUCUAGAAGAAGAGAAAAUGACAUGUAGGACCACAUCAUCUGCAAAAAGCAGGAUGCAGUCCUGAGGUCACCCAACUGGAUGGCAUGUCUGCAAAAGAACAUGUCACAACAGGAAUAAUAUCUUGUUCUAACAUGAAUAGGAUCAUGUAACAAGAAACUUUUCACAUCAGAGAUAAAGUCAGAAAAAUAUUGUGGACUUCGAGUUAAGUUUUUUAUUUUAUUGUUUUCUCUUUUUUGUCAGAUUUGCUUUGUGUUACUCUGGAAUAAUUAGCUUUUGUUGUUUUCACCAAGUCUGUCAAACUCAGAUUUGAUCUGAGUAGGCUUCAUAUUAAUUAUUGCAUUUUAUCAUAUUAGCAGCAAUUGCAAGUAAAAUGGUUCCCACUUAGAGCAAAGAAAGCAAAAAAGAAAAACAAAUCUCUCCACAUUUGCUAGUAAGCAUCAUUGUCUGGACUGAUGUAUCCAGUAUUUUUCCCUAAGUGUGAACCAGUUUACUCAGGUCAAAUUGCAGGUUUUACUGGUUUCAGGGGACCAGAUAACCAAGAAUGAGACUGUGAGCUUCUAUAAUAACAUUAGCUACAGUGUUCUACUAAAACUCUGUGUCGUGAACAGGUUGUCAUCAUACUGGGAGUCAGUAACCUGUUGCGCAGUUAUUGGUUUGUGAACUAGAUUAUAGCAGACUGAUAUCGGGUCCUGGCAGCUUCAAUCAAACUUCAAUCAUAGUGCUGAGUUUGAGUAAACUUGGCCGAGACACAGAACUGGAGAGACACUGGAAUUUCUGGACCUGACACCCUGAGCCAGACUGUUUGGAGUUGGGUUGCCUGAAGACCUCGCGAAGGAGCAAGAGUGUACGGACUUCUAAUCCAGUGGAAAAACUAUCUCAGAUGUGGAUUUCACAGACGAGUUUACUUUCAACCCUCGAGGAUGAGCUCAUUAGUGGAAUUAAUGGGAUCCAGGGUUUGUGGUGAUCCCAAAGCUCCAAAACUUGUGUGGAAUUUACCACCCAUUUCCUCCACAACUUCUUUUUUUCUCAUGACUCCAGCACUGAAUCCACUGCUUGUCCCACCACCCUGAAGACCGUUUUUAUACUGGAAAAUCAAAUAAGCUCCUUUAUUACUUCUUAAUAGCAACUUUAAAAGCAGUAUUGUGUGAUCACAGGCUCAUGGAGGGUCUUAACGAGGGCCAGAGAUGAUGUUUCCAUUGAAAAAUGUUGUCUUAACAAGAGGAAGUAUACCAUAUGGUCUUCACUGCCCUUUAUCCUAUACCUCUCUUUGUCUCUUUAAAGUUACCUCCAGGUACGAGAAGUGCAGUCUGUAAACAUGCAACAAUAGAAAUCUUAAUGUUAGCCAACACAAACAUUAGUUUCGUUAGGACAGACUGAGCAGUAUGCAUCAGUUACUGUAUAUGAACCACAUGCAUGAAUGCUUUUUUUUACAGCCAGUCAGCAGAGCAGUUGAUAUUCCAGAUCAGUGGACUGAGCAUCAUUUAGCCAUUUGUUGGGUCCCUAAUCUAUAUCUUCCUCACAGGCAGGGACAGGUAUGUACAACAUCAAACUCCUCACAACAUAAAAAAGCUACUAGUGAACAAUGGCAGCAGAAGAAAUCUGUUCAUUUGCAGCUCAGAAACACAGAUGUGCUGUUAUGUACACUACCGUUUAAAAAUUUGGGGUCAUCCAGACAAUUCCAUGUUUUCCAUGAAAACUCCCACUUUUAUCCAUGUGCUAACAUAACUGCACAAGGGUUUUCUAAUCAUCAAUUAGCCUUUCAACACCAUUAGCUAACACAAUGUAGCAUUAGAACACAGGAGUGAUGGUUGCUGGAAAUGUUCCUCUGUACCCCUAUGGAGAUAUUCCAUUAAAAAUCAGCUGUUUCCAGCUACAAUAGUCAUUUACCACAUUAACAAUGUCUAGACUGGAUUUAUCAUUCAUUUAAUGUUGUCUUUAUUGAAAAAAGGACAUUUCUAAGUGACCCCAAACUUUUGAACGGCAGUGUACAUCAUAUAAUACCUUCAUUUAAACCACUGCAGAUAUUUUCAGUAUACUGUUCUACAAAGGCAACAUACAGACGCCAAAUAUUUGUUUUGACCCAUUAGACAUCUGUAAUUUCAGAGAAAACAUCUUUUGAAAUGUGUAGUAACUGCAAAACAAAUCUAAAAACUAAAAUGCAGCGUGUGUACAGUGUACACUUAAUCUCUGCAUUCUCUGCUGUGGAAAGUCAGUGAAACAACACAGUUAAAGACAACUGACUUCACGGCUAAAGUCAGAGUGCUGUGGAAACGGCCAGUUAAGGCCAUGUUUUGACUCGUGAAUUUGAAAUGAUUUGGUGGUUAAUGGUGGUAUAUUGAACUGCAUUAAAUUGUAAGUCAAUGUGUUGAUUUUAAAAUAAUUAUUCAGACAGAAACUUAGUAGACUGUAAGUAAUAAUCAAAGUAAGGUGAAUUUUCCUAAACAGAAUUGUUCAAAUGGACAACGUGCUGAGAGAACACAGCUGGUUGGUAGAUGCUGCAGAAAAUGACCCAAAUGCAGAGAGAGGAAUACAUAACCACUAGCUGUUCUCUGUCUGUUGUGUCAGUUUGUUUUUUUAGGUAAAAUAAUUGCCAAAAAUUUGUUAAAGCGAUAGCAUUGCAACCUAAUGAUCUGUUUUACAGUUUGCUGUCUAUCCAGAAAACCCUAAAAUCACUUUUCUGAACUGCUUUUAUUGGUAUCUGUCUUUAGAGGGCAGUAUAUUAUAAGUCAUCAUCUAUGUUGUUUCUGCUGCUCCCAGCUGACUUUGGGUGCAAGUUUUCAGCAUUAUAUUCUGUUUCAACAUUCAUUUUAACUAGCAUUCCACUGAUGUUACCAUCAGAGUCUUGUCAGGAAGUGCCCUCAGCCUGUCAUAACUGCUGUAUGAAAAGCUUUGUCAGGUCUGAGCAAAUUCCUCACUUGGCAUGAAUAGAAUUAUCUGGACUUGGCUUUGAAUUUUAAAAUCUUUUCCACAAAGGUUAGUUACAAACUGGGAACAAGUGUCCAACUUCAACAAACUUCGGUACGUCCAACUUAGCUCUGAAUAAUAUGCCUGAAUGAGAAAACAAAUAGAUUCAAUUUCAGUUCAAUUCAGUUUUAUUUAUAUAGCGCAGAUUCACAACAUGUCAUCUCACAGCACUUAGCCCAGUAGGUACAGACCUUAGGAAUUAUAAACAGAGAACCCAACAAUCCAAAGUUGCCUUAGGAUUCCCUAUGAGUGACAGUGGGAAGGAACAAAAAAAAACCUCAAAUAAGGAGGUGGGAAGAACCUGCGACAGAACCAGGCUCAGGAAAGGUGGCCAUCUGCCUCCACCAGUUGGGUGAGAGUGGGGAUGAAGGGGUGAGGAUAGCAGGAGGUGUAUGGAUGAGGACCCACACCAGUCAAGUGUAGUUUGUAGUUCAAACUAAUGAAAUAUCACAAAAUCUAUUCUGAAAUCAUGCCACCUGCUUUGAGCUGUCAGAUGAAGUGAAGGCUCCCAUGUUGUAUGAAUGUUUCUCUGCUGGCUUUAUUCCUGUGAGCUGCAAGUUAAAUUAAGGUAUACAGGACUAUUAUUGUGACAAGGUAAAUCUUGUAUUUGAUUCAUUUAAAAGACAACAGAGCUGCACCAAUUAGAGAUCAAUUUUGUAGAUAUAAUAAUUUUUCAAGCAAAAUUGAUGCUGACGUUUAAAAUUUGCUGCAUUUUUUUGUGUUAUAUGAAAACAAAUUGGAUAUUUUGUAGUUUGGUUUGACAUUUAUUAGACUUUUUCAAGAGGCUUUUUUUUUUUUUUUUUUUUAAACAUCUCACACAUUAAUACAGAAAUAAAAUACAAGUAUCUGGGAUGAAAAGAAAGCAGACUUCUAAUCCUCCCCCCUGUAUAGUCUUAUAAUUUCCAUACAGUCCUUUUAAGGAGAGUUAGGAUCCUUUGAGAUGAAUGUUUGACCUUUUACUGCAGACUGAAAGUUGUUUUAGGAAAUGCCAUUGCCUUCCCCUGUUUUUUGAAUGUAUUUCAACUUUUGCUGUUCUCUGGGUGGGAUGACAGUGAGGUAUCUGUGUGGGUCACUGGAGAAGAAAUGGAAUCAACUUUGGAGUUUUGGGAUCCACCCCGGGACACUUAGGACUACUACUUCAUCACAACGAACACCUGACAGCCACCCAGAGAUUAGCUGAGUCAUGUAAUGCACAGUCCGUCCACACGGUGGAGCUGUGGCUCCAUGGAGUGCUCUACAGUGUGUGGAGGUGGGACCAGUGUGGACUCUGUGAUCACUGUCUCUGUUUUGUAGCAAUAGUGUGAACAUGUGGCUGGUUGAUGGAUGUCUAACAGGGCUCAUGCUGUACCUUCACUCUAAUCUGACUCAUGCAAUCCAUUAUUACCGAUCAGCUUUUUUUUCAUAACUUGAUUAUACAGCUGAUUUCUGUGAGCAGGUUUGACACUGACUGUCAUUUUAUUUUCUUCCUGUGAAUUUAAGAGCAAAAGUGCAACAGAUCUGGCCUUAAUAGAUAUGACAAUGACACUUCA